AUGACGUUUCGCUGUGAAACGGAUUACAUGUGGCUCCCAGCCUUCGGCGAGGAUGAGAAGAAUUGGCCCAAUGGGCUUCGAAUAUUCCUCUACGUGCUGGGCCUCUUCUACUGUUUCCUCGGAGUGGCUGUAGUGUCUGACGUGUUUAUGAAUGCCAUCGAAAGGAUAACAUCCCAGAAGAAGAGGGUCAAACUUAAGUCGACUGGGAAGAUUGUCACGCAAACGGUAUGGAACGACACCAUGGCCAACCUGACGUUAAUGGCGCUGGGCUCGAGUGCUCCAGAGAUCCUCCUCAGUGUUAUCGAGAUCAUGACCAACGAAAUGUACAUCGGCGAUCUGGGCUCCGGCACGGUAGUAGGCAGUGCGGCGUUCAAUCUGCUUGUGAUCAGUGCCGUUUGCGUCUGCGCAAUACCAGAUGGGGAGGUGCGAUACAUCAAGGACACGCAGGUGUACGGUGUGACUGCGACUUUCUCCAUCUUGGCUUAUGUCUGGCUUUUGUUGAUCCUCAUGGUGAUCUCCCCGGAUAUUUGCGAGCUCUGGGAAGCUGUGGUGACCUUCCUGCUUUUUCCCGUUCUGCUCAUGAUUGCCUUUGCCGCGGACAAGGGCUACUUUUCUCCUGGUGGUGACGAAGCCCCCAAACAGGAUGAGAACUUCCACGGAGCUAUCCCGCCAGAUGUUACCAAAGAGGAGUUGGCGGAGAUCGAGCAAAGUAUUCGAGAGGAGUACAAUCACAAAAUCUCGGAUGACCAGUUGGUCCGAGUGAUACAGCACAUGUACAUCGGAAAGCCGUCUCGCGCCUUCUACCGCCAUGCGGCCAUGGAAGGCAUUGUGGGAGGCAAAAAGGCUGACUUUGGUGCCCACUCUGUGCCUGUGAACUUUGUCUCUGCACCCCACAACACAGCUGACGAGCUCAGCAAGGGCAAGCUCGUGGAGGUUGGAUUUGAGAGGGAGAAAUACGCUUUCCUAGAGCUGCUCGCCAUGGCUGAUGAUUUCUUUGGCUGUGAUAUUGAUCUGGACGACCUGGAUGAAGUCCUGAAGUAUGACGAGGAGCAAGAAACCCACGAGGAGGCAACAUGCCUUUUCAAUGAUGUGCAGAAUCGCUACGUGUGCUUUCGCCAGACCUCCCCCUUGGUGACACCGCAUCUCCGGUCGCAUGUCCUUGAUUGCCAGGCAGCGGCUGUUGCAGAUGCUGGAGUAAGUCGACAGGCUGCGAUGGCCAUCGCGAGCAGGCUUGAAGUGAGGGUGCUAGCCUGCAGCAGCUUGCAGCAGCUUGGCAUUGGAGUUUCUGGGACCCCGAGGGCUCAUUGGAACUCUGCGGUCGACGCUCGGAGGGAGACUAGCAAGGCACGUCGUCAAUUCACCAUCUCGUGGUGGGAGGUUUACACUUCCAAGCAAGUCGUGCUGAUCAAUGCACCUCCACUCCAGGUUCCCAUGAAGAUGAUGCAGGUUCUUGCCACCUUCGGUGGAAUCUUUUGGCUUGGCUGGAACAUGAAGUUCCUCCAAAAGGAAACCCUCCACUCUCCUGUCAUCAUCCGGGAGAUGUCUUUUCCGCAGAGGAACUUCUACAAAUGUCACGACGUGGACAUGGACUGCGACGACUUGAAUCAGACGAGUGCUCGUCCCUACUGCACACUGUCUCAACUUGAAGCAGCAAAGGAUGCUUUGAGCAAGUACUUUUUCACGGAUUCCCCGCGUCAUCACAACUACAGCAAGAGCCGCUGGCCAACGUUGCCCAAGCUCAUUACUGGCUGUGGCAUUUACGACAUGCACGACGUCUUCAGGAAGUCUAGCAAGAAUGUAAUGUUGGCGACCGCUUUCACGAGGACGCGCCAGAGGCAGUGCAAAGACGAACACUGCAUCUGGCAGAACGAUGGAUUCGAGGUUACGUUCGUUGAGGACGUGGAGCGCUUCUUCCUCAAGCUGCGCCAUGUGGUCAAGCUGUCGGAAGGGGGAACUUUGCGCAACGCUGACAGCACCGGUUUCUUGCAAGCCAACAACGAAAUUCGACUGCUGGCUUGCGAGCCCCACAAGAAGAAGUUGGGAGCAUGUGGGUAUUCAGGCGGGUCGCACGCGAGGAUCGCCCCCUGUGGAGACAUGACUGGUGACGAGGCUUGCUUCACGACUGGAUUUGCGGACUUCCUCUCCUUGCGAACUCUAUUGAACGCGGCGAACAUCUCUCUGGACGAGGCAAUCACGCAAAAUGUCUCGCGACGUUGGUGGGGCACGCACUUGAGCAUCGAUAUUAGAUACUCAAACGCGGAUCCCUGGACAUACUGGAAUUUUUGGCGCCCGGAGUUCUUGAAGUUGAUUCCGACCUACACCUAUUCUGUGCGCAGAAGUGGCGAUUAUGCUUGGUAUUCUCAUCACAAUACAACCGGUGCGCAUCGCAAACUCACGAGGAUGUCUGGCAUCACAAUGCAGUUCCACCUGCAUGGGUCCAUGUAUUCCGGCAGCGUCAUGCACUUCCUGAAAACCCUUGCCAUCUUCACCAUUAUCUGGGAGAUCACAAUGGUGGUUGUUGCACGGGUCAUGCUCUUCAUAUACCGCAGGGUGCAGUGCUUGUCACUGGCACACCUCCCUCACUUGAGACUGUACUUUCGCCAAAUGACAACGCCCCAUCACCGAAUCGUGGCCGGUUUGAGCUACGAAGCCCUGGCCAAAGAGCUUCAGGACUUGCGCCAGGAAGCAGCCAGGGGGCACUUGAAGACCACCGUGCAGGCCGCGCCAGGAUUUGUGCGUGAACCUGACUUCUUUGUAGAGAUUAUCGACGAUGCCGCAUAUGAAGAGGAUGAGGAGUUCUACCUCGACUUAAGCCAUCCCAAACUAGAUGGCAUGGAGCACCCCCAGGACGUUAAGGUGCGUGUCCGUCCUGGUCUUGGAACAGUCACUGUUGUCAUUGUAGAUGACGAUGAGCCUGGGAAGCUGCGCUUUCAGCACGAGCAGGUGGAGGUUAAAGAGCGCGAGGAGGAGACCACGCUCCGCAUCAUCGUGGAGCGCUACAAUGGUGCGACAGGAGCCAUCGAGUGCCGCUACUACACAGAAGACAACUCAGCCAUUGCCGGCUAUGAUUACGUCGAGGCUAAGGGUGCCCUGUACUUUGAUCAUACAGUGCAGACGGCAACAAUCGAAAUCACUAUCAAGCCCAAGGGUCGGUACGAGAACACGUCGUCCUUCAACGUCUACCUGGUAGAGCCAAGCGGCGGCGCGAGCUUCGACCGUUCCACAGAUGGUGGCUCCACAAGUUGCAUUUGUAAUGUUGUCAUCAAGGCCGACGACGAGCGAAAGGCAGCCCUGGACCGCAUCGCUAGCCAGAUCAACUGGAACAAGCAUGCCCUCGGCUACUCCAAUUGGAAGGAGCAGUUUCGAGAUGCGGUGUUUAUGAGCAGAGAUGAUGACGAGGAGGAGGAGGGUGGCCAUUCCUGCAUGGACAUGGUGAUCCACUUCGUAGGCAUGCCCUGGAAGCUCCUCUUUGCCUUCAUUCCACCCGUAGACUACUGCAAUGGCUGGUGCUGCUUUUUCGUGGCGCUUGGCAUGAUAGCUGUGCUGACGGCAGUAGUUGGCGACCUGGCCAACCUCGUUGGCUGCACACUGAACAUCGGGCCGGAGAUCACGGCCAUUACUUUCGUAGCCUUGGGGACCUCUUUGCCUGACACCUUUGCAUCCAAGACGGCAGCCAUUAUGGAUCCGUAUGCAGAUGCCUCCAUUGGGAAUGUCACAGGCAGCAACUCCGUCAACGUGUUCCUUGGUCUGGGCAUGCCCUGGACGAUUGGAGCGAUUUACUGGCAGACUCAGAGUACGAGCGGAGCCACCUUUGCAACGUGGCUCUCGAACCUGCAGGAAACCGGAAAAUAUUUCGAAAUCAGGCAGUCGAUCGUGAACUACAACAACUUAGAAUCUGCAGUCUUUGUCACCCCUGCAGGCUCUCUGUGGUUCAACCUCUUAGUCUUCUCGUGCAACGCGAUUUGCGCUAUUAUGCUACUUUACCUGCGGCGUCGAACCUUCGGCGGAGAGCUAGGAGGGCCACGCCGCUGGCAGCUGGCGAGCGCUGCCUUCCUGGUCUUCCAGUGGUGCGUCUACAUUGGAGCCUCCUCGGCUUGGGUCGUCCUGGAGACCGAGUAA